AUGAUGCGUGUCCACAUCACGGCAAGCCAGAAUCCGCCUCGGGACUUCCCCACGCACACAUUGUGGCUCUACUCUGUCAUUUUCCCUUCAGCUGCAAACGAUACACCAAUCAUGGAGUCGCCCGACACCUUCACCCUCCUCCCGCUGGAGAUGGAUCCCACCACCAAGGCCAUCUCAGCACCCAACGCAACCAGCAACGCGCUCGCAACCGAACUCGAGGCCCUCAACGCCCUACACAGAGGUCUUUUGCAUGUGGAAACACCUACCGGAACACCUCCUCCGCCCGUCCCCGUCAACCCAAAGCGCUCGGCGCAGAUUAGCAAAUUGCGCGAGUCGGGCAACGCAGAGUUCCGCAAGGGCAACGCCGGCCAGGCGGUCAAGCUAUACACUCUUGCCAUUGACAUGGCACUCGGUCGGCCGCAUUGGGAGCCAUCAGGUCUCGUGAGGGAAGAGGUGUCGAGCUUGUUGAGCAACCGCGCGCAAGCGAACAUGGCGCAACAAAAUUGGGCAGAGGGCGCAGUGGACGCAGAGGCAAGCGUCGAGAUGAAGAAGGUCGGCAAUGCCAAGGGCUGGUGGCGGAGGGGCAAGUGUCUGCUCGAGAUGGGCAGGCUGGAUGAGGCGGAGCAAUGGGUCAAGCAGGGUCUGGAGUUUGAGGCCACCGAGCAGGAUCUGGUCAACUUGAAAGCGGAAAUCGAGAAGAAGAGGUCUGGAACAUUUUGA